AUGGCCUCGCACCCAACCGUUGGGGAUUUGAAACAGGAUGCACUCUGUCCUCAGUGCAAGGGGUAUCUGAAAGACCCAGUGCUGAUGGAAUGUGGUCACAACUUCUGUCGGGACUGCAUUUCCAGCUAUUACCAGAAAUGGAAUAAAAAAAGCACACCCGUGCAGUGUCCUGUUUGUAGCAAGCCACUUAAGGAUGGAAAGCUCCGGCCAAACGAGCAGCUGGGAAAUAUAAUAGAAAAACUCAAGCAUCUUCCACCAACACUAGGGAAGGACUACCUCUGCCCAAAACAUAAGAAAAAAAUGGAUUUGUUUUGUGCAGAAGAUGUGGAACCAGUGUGUUUUCUUUGCAAGCACUCUCCAGAACAUAAACUGCACACAUUGCUUCCUCCAGAAGAUGUUGCUGAACAGUACAAGGAUCAGAUACAUAGCCGCUUGGCACUUCUGGGGAAAACGAGAGAAAAUGUGGAGUCAUCUUCACCAUAUGAUGAAAAAGAAAUCCAAGCCAUGCUUAGCCGGAUAGAAGCAGAGAAGAGAAAGAUAGAGACGGAAUUCAAUGACCUACGUGCAUUUCUGGAUGAGAACGAGAAAUUUCUACUGGACCACAUGAAGGCAGUGCAGAAGGAAGUAACAAAAAACAGGAAACAGCACAUUUUGGAAGUCUCAGAGGAAAUCUCCUCUCUUCGAAAUACCAUCCGGGAGAUGGAAGAGUCGUGCAAGCAGCCACCGAUUGAAUUCCUGCUGGAUUUUAAAAAAAACUUGCAGAGGUGUGAUAAUAUGCUUAAGGACCUAAUUUCUCCUUUUGAGGCAAGGUGGAAGGUCUGGGAUUUCUGUGAUGUGACUUCUGCUGUGGAGCGUAUUUCAGAAGAUUUCAAAGAUGCUAUGACAUCUACACUUCAACUGCAUGAAGCAGAUGUAACUCUGAAGCCAGAAACGGCUCAUCCCCAACUCGUCAUAUCCAAGGACUGCAAAAGCGUGCGAAUGGGCGAGGUUUAUCGAAGCCUGCCCAGAAAUCCAGAGAGAUUCGAUGAAUGGCCUUUUGUACUGGGAGCUGAGGGAUUUGUAUCGGGCAGACAUUUCUGGGAAGUAGCUGUGGCACGUGAGGAUGCGUGGGGCGUGGGGGUUGCCAGAAUGUCUGUGGCAAGGGCUGGGGAUAUUGAUUUCAGUCCUGAGCAGGGCUUCUGGGCUGUGGGAAAGUGGGAAGGUAACUACACAGCCUACAACCCCCCUUUUUACACUGCUCUGACCUUGCAUAGGGUGCCUAAGCGGAUACGUGUGUCCCUGAACUGUGAUGGGGGGUGGGUGACCUUUUUUGAUGCUGACACAGCAUUACCCGUCUUUACAUAUUCUGCCUCAUUCUCUGGAGAGACGAUUUUCCCCUUCUUUUAUGUUCACGGGAGUGCCCGCCUCAGCAUCUCUCCUGGAGCCCACCCUGCUUCAUAG